CACCCCAAACGCUCUGGGGUACCGCCGCAACCACCGCGCCCUUUGUGCUUGUUUUCUGCUUUCUGUCGUUUACUCUGCAUCAGCCAUGACUGCCAAGGCGCGCUCUGCGGCGCACUCCCCUCCCGUCGUCUCCGCGUCCCCCGCCUUCGCCAGCAGCGCGCUCGAAUGGACGCCUCUCGGCCUCUUCCACCGCUUCCUCGGCGCCGCCUCCCUCCCCCGCCGCAUUCACCGCUUCCGCCGCUCGCGAUACUCUGUUGCGCGCACGGCUCUCCGCACAAGUAGAAAACGGCGCGUUCCGCCCUCCCAGGCAGCUGUCGUGGGGGAAGACACCCUGUUGCCGGGAGGCGCUCUGCCAUCGAACGAUCGACAGCCGCAGCCGCAGCCAGAGCAGCAUCAAGAGCAGCAAGAGCAGCAGCGGCGAAGGCGCAGCGAGGGGCGGCGAGUGCGGUUCGACUUGGGGGAGGACGACGACGAAGCCAAGACCAACUCGACCCUUCCCGACAGCGGAAGCAGCCGGCAGCGGUUCGGGCUGGAGCGAGGUGGGCACCCGCUGGGCGUGCAGCCGCUGGGGAACCUCUUCUUGCGCGCCGACCAGAACCCCUCUAAACCCCUCCGCAACGCGCGCGACGCCGGGCUCGGCGCGCUGCGGCGCCUGCCGGACCCGAUCCUGCUGGACAUCGUGGGGCGGCUGCCGGCCGCGUCGCUGUGCCACGUGGGCAUGGCGAGCCGCGCGCUGCACGUGGUGGCGCACCAGGAGGAGCUGUGGCGCGCGCUGGUGGUGGAGGACGCGGGGGGCGCUUUCCGAUGGGAGGCGAGCUGGCGCUGGACGUACGUGAAAUGGCGCACGGGUGAAGGGGGAAAGGGGGCGGGGGAAGCGGAAGGGAAGGAGGGGAAGGAGGGGGAGGGGGGAGAAGAGGGGGAGGCAGGCAGGGUGGGGAAGGGGCUGAAGCGGAAGACGAAGCAUGGGGAGGAGCGCGGGGCGUUGCAGUACCAGCCGCCAUUGAAGGUGCCGGACUUCUAUUCAGACUUUUUCUUCCAGAGCUGGCUCUGCACCAGCCUCGCCCUCCCACCCGCCUGGACCGCCCACGACAACAUCCCGCGCGCUGCCGCCGCCUCACUCUCCCCCGCCGACUUCGCCGCCCGCUUUGAGCGGCCUGGGCGGCCCGUCAUCAUCACAGGUGCCAUUGACCACUGGCCCGCCUUGUCCCGCUGGCGCGACCGCGAGUACCUGCUGGCCGCUGCUGGCGGCAACACAUUCGCAUGCGGCCCGGUGGAUCUGAGCCUGGAGCAGUACUGGCGGUACGCGAACGGCGUGCAGGAGGAGCGGCCGCUGUACGUGUUCGACCCGCGCUUCGGGGAGAAGGCGCCGGCGCUGGUGGCGGACUAUGAGGUGCCCGAGUACUUCAGAGAGGACCUGUUCCAGGUGCUGGAGGAGGGGAGAGAGGGAGGAGAGGGGGGAGAGGGGGGAGAGGCGGGUGCAGGGGAGAGGAGUGCAGGUGGGAUGGGGCAAGGGGAGGAAUGUGGGGAAGGGGAGGAAGGGCAAGGGAAGGAGUCGCCUAGUGGCCGGCCUGACUUUCGGUGGCUGAUCAUGGGCCCGGCGCGGUCGGGGUCGUCGUGGCACAUCGACCCCAACUCCACGUGCGCGUGGAACGCCGUCAUCACCGGCUCCAAGAAGUGGAUUCUCUUCCCGCCCAACGACGGCCCGCCACCUGGCGUGCGCGCGAGCCCCGACGGCGCGGACGUGGCGGCACCAGUGUCGAUCACGGAGUGGUUCAUGAACUACUAUGAGGCGAUGAGGCGCGGGCCCGUGACGGCGUAUGAGGGUGUAUGCCGCGCGGGCGAGGUGAUGUUUGUGCCGCACGGGUGGUGGCACAUUGUGCUCAACCUGGAGGAGUCCAUCGCUGUCACCCAGAACUAUGUCUCCCGGGCGAACCUGUUGGACGUGCUGCAGUUCCUGCAGAAGCCGAAUGCGCGCGUGCUGGUGUCGGGCAUGGGCGAGGGGCAGCGCGAGGGGCUGCACCAGCACUUCCGGGAGUGCCUGGAGCGGCACCGCCCGGGGCUGCUGGAGGCGGAGCAGCGCAGCCAGGAGGAGCGCGAGAGGAGGCGCAAGCAGAAGGCUGCGUUCUGGGAGCAAGCGGCUGAUGUGGGCGAUGGGGGGUUUAGGUUCGGGUUUUAGAAAUAAAUGUGGACUGGUGUGGUGGUGUAAAUGAGACUGAUGUGAGUUGCUCUGCUCUCUAGGAUGAGUACUGUUGCAUUGGGUUUGGCUUUACAUCCCAUCUUA